AUGAUGGCAGGUGCUGGGCCCGGUCCUGUGACAGCCCACAGAGGACAGGCUGGUCGAGGCUUGUUUUCCGUUGCCGCGCCUUACCUGCGCGCUGCAGUGCUUCUCUCGGGUACCCUUCCCGCCCUGGCAUCAUGUCCACAGUCCGAGUGGGUGGAUCCGGACACGCCGGCUAAGGCAUGCAGCAGACAAGUCGACUCCGCCGGUCAGCCGUUGAGUCUAGUCUUUUCGGAUGAGUUCAACAUCCCAGGCCGCACUUUUGCCGAUGGCCACGAUCCCGCGUGGACCGCCAUUACAGGUUUUCCGUCGUCCAAUGACCAGGAGAACGCCUAUGACGAUUCACCAUCGCAUGUCACCACCAGCAACGGGAACUUAUGGCUGCGCAUUUCCAACACCGAGAGCUUUCUCGAAGUUGUCAACAGCACAAGUGGGCGGAAGGAGAAGAAGCAUCGUCCCUACACGUCCGCCAUGCUUCAGAGUUGGAACAAGUUUUGCUUCACCGGAGGUGUUGUCGAAAUGUCUGCCAAGUUUCCGGGCGAAGCUGAUCUUCCUGGCCUUUGGCCAGCCUUUUGGCUGUUGGGGAAUCUAGGGAGGGCAACCGUCGAGACGUCUGUCAACAACGUCUGGCCCUACAGCUACUCCCAGUGCCCUGCUGGGCAGAACUUAGAAGCCAACCAGGAUCCCCAGAAGCAGCAGCGGAUCAACGAGUGUCUCGGUUCCAACUGGACUGAGCGCUUUGGCCUUCGAUCACAUCAGGGCCGCGGCGCCAUCGAGAUUGACAUUCUAGAAGUUCUCCCCGGCAGCUAUGCUCCGAACUAUAGGGAGGACAAGGUAAUGACUGGGUUCUGCCAGCCACAAGCUGACUACAGCAAGCUGGACAUGCCUCGGCCGCAUUUGCUAAACACGCUGCAGGCAGCGCCGGGAAUCCCUAUCGCUGCAGACCAAAGGCCCCCCGGGCCUCCGCGGCAGAACGAAUCAUGCGUGCCAAUUUGGGGCAAGCAGUGGUAUUCAGAGCUGCAGCAGGACAACCCUCAGGUAUACGGGCCGGAUACAACCAUCAACUACCACAACUAUGGCAAGUAUAUUGCCAAUGUCAAUCCCUGGACAGAUGUGCAGCUACAAGUGGACUCAAUCGGUGCCAUGACGCACUUGACCAAGUCUGCUUUUGAAGAGCAGCACGUCUACCGCUUCGAGUGGAGCACAGUGGGCGAUGGAGCCCUCACUUUUUGGAUGGAUGGAAAGAUGCUUUUCAGAUUGAAUGCUGCUUUGCUUGCGCGGCAGCUGGAGGUGACUCGUGACGACAAGCCUUUGGGCCUACUGCUUGCGCGACAACUCCUCCUCGAGCCGGUUUCGAUGAUCUUGAACAUUGACAUGUCAAAGCAGUGGGGCUGGGACAUUUUCGAGCGGAAGUGUCCUGGUGGAUCCUGUGGCUGUUGUAUGGACUGCAAGAACCCAGAAUGCAUCUCCUGCAUGGUGAAGAUGGGCCAGGGCGAGGAGUUCAUGUUUCUCUCCAAGAUGUGCAGGACACUGCCGGCCACCUUCGAGGUGGAUUACAUCCGUGUGUACCAGACAUCGGAACAACAGGCAGAGGAUCAUCAAGGCUGCUCUCCGAAGGCCGCGCCAACGCAAGGCUGGAUUGACAGCCAGCCCAAUCGCUACAACGUGCCCAACUUCGAUGCCCCACUCGCGCCAGUCUACGCGGGCGGUGCACGUUGUCAGACAGACGCAAACUGUGGGGCCCUCUCAGGAUCCGGCACAUGCGUGGAGGGUGUUUGCAACUGCUCAGAGGCCUGGACUGGCCCAAGCUGCUUAGCGCGCUUGGCGGGCACUGCUAAGACCUGCCAGCCAUUGGAAGAGAGUUUAGUUGGCGGAGGUCCUUGCGACGCAAACUCCACACUGGACCUAUGUGGCCACGGUGAGUGCUUAAAGGUCUUCCAGCCGUGGAACGCGCCAUGGCAGACUGUGCAGCAUCAGCCACAUGGAGACAAGCCCGUCGGCACAGGGAAUGGUCGCUGCACCUGCAAAAACGGCUGGGCAGGGCCACUGGGCGCUAAACAUUGGUAA